GGCUUCGUUAACAUGGGAGGACUGGAACAGGUUUAUGAUAGCGUUGACGACACUGAGAUAAGUUCUGAUUGGUCUAAGGAGACCGAUGAAGGAGACGAUCAACGGUCCAGAUCGCAAAUGAAGCAAGAUGCUUUUAGUGGCCGUAUUCAAAUGCAACCGUUGGUUUUGGUGAAGGCGUAUCGUGGUGGUCGUUUCUUGAGGUCCCCGUGGAUUCAGAUUGAAAAGUUGAACUUAGUUAUCAAGGAGCUCGUUAAGGAAAAUGAUGAAGAAAAAGAAAGGCUAAAUGGAAUUAUUGCCAGGUUGUUGGCUGAAAAGAAAAAAGAUAAGGUGGAUAAAGAUGCUAUGCCCGAUACGAUGCCACAAAUUGAAGCUAUGUUAACAAGUAUAAUUUGAAG